AUGAACCUCUAUCGCAAUCUUAUAGCCAUUUUUAUAUGCCUAUUUGUAAAAUAUGGAUCCAAUCCCGUAGAAUCAGCUAACGUAGCUGGUCCCUAUGGGCAAAGCCCAUAUUACCCCUCGCCUCCAGGUAUAGGAAAUGUGGGAACGGCGGGUUCUGGGUUCUCAGGCCCACCCGUUUCCGGUCAAGUCAAUCCAUCGGCACAUUCCGGCAACCUAAUUACUGUAGAUAUAGAUCAAAAGCGGAGUUCCGGUGUGAUUGUAUAUGAAAGAGAUGAUUCAAGGAGUAGAGACAUAUUUACAGCCAUGGGUAACAAUUUAUUCAGGCAGGCCACUAGAAGCGGAACUGUUGUUUGGACAGCAACCAACAACGAAUAUCCGUAUAGAAUUACAGUUAAGCCUGAUGAUAGAGGAUUUCCCAAGAUUAAGGUAUAUAUGCCCGAGAAUCAAGCGGCGUCAGCUCAUGUAGCUGCGCCGCAAUCUUCACCUGGUCAAGCAACUCCCGGGUUCACACAGUCAGACCCCAAUCUAAAUUUGUUAACGCCUGACACACGCACACAGGCUCUAAUACACAAUGUUGUUACACCAGCAGGAGAUACCUCUACACAAACACAACACAAAAUACCCGUAACACCCAUAAUUCCCGGACAGUUUGUGCCCACUAAUAGUUUUAACCCUAUGGCCGCGCCCACGGUAGGCCCGGAUGCAUUUAAUGCGUUCACAGCUCCACCCGAUGCCACCCUCUCGCAGGGUUCAGAAGGAGCAGGCAGAGCUCAACAACAGCCUGCUCCAGGGCAGCAGAACAUCGCAACGGCUCAGCCCGGCAUGCCGCUGCAUACAGGGACAUAUAGAGACGAAACAUACUUAACGGACACUGACACAUCGGUGUCAGAGUUUGGUACUCCUGUUUCGAAGUCCAAGAAAAAACUUGUUAAGGAUCGCGCGGCGCAUGUAGGAGAAGAGUCGGAGACCGGAGGUGGACUUGAAACUGAUGCUCAAGUACCUAUGCACCCACAGCAGGCGGGUCAUCAGGGACCUCACGGACAGUCCACACUGCCUGGGCAAGUCGGACAUUCAGGUAUGGUUAAACAAGACACCAUACAGGGCACAUCACAGAUCUAUGUGGAUUCUCAAGAUCAAUCAAGUCAAUACACACACUAUGUCUUACUAAACCCCAAGAACGAAGACAAAGGCCCCCCUGCGGGUCAGAAGAAUUCAAACGAGCCUGGGUCACAGACCUCAAACACUCCAUUAACAGGACGCACCAAGUACGGCACUCAUUUUGAGGGAACCAUUGGUUGUAAUUCGAACGUGUACUUUUUAGAUGGCAACAAGAACUCUAUGAAUGCUAAGACUUUCAUAACAAGACGUCGCAGAUCUAAUCGAAAAGCUAAGGCGCAACAACAGCCGAUGGUUGUAAUGCCACUUCCAAUGGCUCCCGGAGUAACACCCAUAGGGUUACCAGUUAUUCCAGGCCAAGAGCAAGGAGCACCAAUCUUUUUUCCACCACCAGGUGCCCCUGCUGACCAACAGGUGCUGUGGGCACCACCAGCUGCGACUAUGGCACCCCAGGCCUCUGGGCCAGAGGUCUUUAUGGACGCCACGGCUGUUACACCAAAUACACCUCAGCCAGAGAUAUUGACAAUACACGCUGAGCGAGAUGCUGAAAAGGAUGAAAAAGUAGCAACGAUCACUGAAACUGAAUUUGAAUUGUCUGAAACGAAGAAGCCAGCUGAGCCUGUAGCGCCACCAUCAGCUGGUGUGUCAGCACCCUAUCCUGGUCCUCAGACUUUAGUCAUACCCACAGCUGGUGAUGCAAGUGCGCCAGGAGCCCCUGAGCCAAUACAUAUUCCUGGAACGGCCCCGCCACCUGGCCCUGAGAGUAUUUCACUAUCUCAGGCCCAAUUGGCGCAGCCGUAUGCGCCGGCUCAGCCUCCAGCACAGCAGCCACAACCAGUCGUUCCUGAGGUUCCAACCAAGCCAUCAGCACCAGCCGCCGGGUCAGAGACUCUUGUUAUUCCACCGGCUGCACCAGGACCCAUGUCGAUGUCUGCACCCAUACCAGCUUCUCCUGGCCAGCCAUCAGCCGGAGUACCCAUACCAGCUCAGGGACCUAUUGCAGUCGCAGUUCCUAAAGCUCCAGCGCCAGGCGCUAAAAUAGAUUUAACUGAUAGGACGUUUACAAUUGAUGAUGAUGAUGAUAAGCAGACACAACACAGAACGACGGUGGUCGGUCCCCAGAUUGCUACUCCAGCAGGACAGCCCGUUACUCCUCCUGGGCAACCUGGUACACCAGCAGGACAACCAGUUACUCUAGCAGGACAACCGACUACACCAGCAGGACAGCCUGUUACUCCUCCUGGGCAACCUGGUACACCAGCAGGACAACCAGUUACUCUAGCAGGACAACCGACUACACCAGCAGGACAGCCUGUUACUCCUCCUGGGCAACCUGGUACACCAGCAGGACAACCAGUUACUCUAGCAGGACAACCGACUACACCAGCAGGACAGCCUGUUACUCCUCCUGGGCAACCUGGUACACCAGCAGGACAACCAGUUACUCUAGCAGGACAACCGACUACACCAGCAGGACAGCCUGUUACUCCUCCUGGACAACCUCUGGCUCCAGCGCCAGAUGUAGGAUGUGAAACAAUCGUCACCGAGUCGCGAAAAGAUAGAAAGAAAGAAAAGUCUAUGUCUUUGACGAUUGAUACUUCUGCUACUUCAGAUGUGGAUACUAAAACAGCUGCUCCUGGUGAGGGUUCCCCAGGUACAACACCAGCCACAGUGGUUACUGUUGCACCUCCUGAAGGUGCUCCCAUCCCUCCCCCACCAGCUGUUACUGUUCCGGUAACUCCUGGUACUCCGAUAGCGCCUCCACCUGCUGUUACUACUCCAGUAACUCCCGGAGCACCCAUCGCACCGCCACCUUCAGUUACUACACCAGUGACUACAGGGGCAACAAUUGCGCCACCACCGGCUUUUAACCUUGCAUUCACACCAGGUGCACCCUUAUCGACAACAGACACGCUUACAGUACCUGCCGUUCCUGGUGCAGGCAUAGCUGCUCCACCUGCAAUAACUUCACUCACUUCAGGUACUGGCAUAGCAGCUCCUCCAGCCGUUACUGUUCCACUCACAUCAGGUGCAAGCAUUGCAGCUCCUCCACCUGUUACUGUUCCACUCACUGCAGGUACAGGUGUCGCAGGUCCUUCAACUGUGCCUAUAGUUCCAGAUGCUACUGGAACAGGUGCAGCGCCUCCACCUGCUAUCACUGUUCCAUCGAAUCCUAAGGAAUCUGGAGAUGGAACAACUCCUAUUCAGGUGCAAGCACAGGCUAAAACUCUGAAAAAAGGAUCAGAUAGUGAUGAGGAAGUUUCACCGAUGGGACUGCAUAGAUACUCAGGACCAGACAUUAGGCUGUUCAGACAAGACCCUGUUGAUCCCAACAACUAUAAGGAACUGGAACUCACAGACUAUAGUGUUGAUGACGAAGGAGAAGAGAGCGUAUAUUCCAUGAACGCUAAUGUUAACUGUGGUAGGUUAAGCAUUGGUGAUGCCCAACUAUGGACAUACGACUCGACGAAAAACGAUGGCAAAUAUCCUAAGUCCCUAAGAUUUAAUAAUUCGACUUCGGUUCUAGUUGUUAAGUUUGAUGGAUCGGACCUUACCUAUGAAAAGGAUGCUGAUGGAAACUGGAAACCUAAAGCCACGACAUCAAUCUCUCCGGACAUCACCAUUGAACAGCAGCCGUCUAAGAAGACCGAAAAGCUAAUGAAGAUAACUAUUUCUAGUUCUGGUAGUUCAGGAGAUGAGGGAGCUGCUAAACAUACGGCUGUACCUAUCGAAGGCACGCCAAUUCAAGGAUCGACAACGGUCGUUAUCCCAGGUACAACAGGUGAAGGCGCGACUAUAGCUGCACCGCCACCCUUAACUAUUCCACUCACUUCAGGUACUGGCAUAGCAGCUCCUCCAGCCGUUACUGCUCCACUCACUUCAGGUACAGGCAUUGCAGCUCCGCCACCUGUUUCUGCUCCACUCACUGCAGGUACAGGCUUUGCAGCACCUCCAGCCGUACCUGUAAUUGUAGAUCCUACGUCAUCAGGAAUAGCUCCGCCACCAACUGUGCCUGUUUUCCCAGGAACUACAUUACCUGGACAUACAGGACCCCUACCAGCACCUACUAUGCCUGUAAUGAUUGGACCUACACAAACUGCAGAGUCAGGUGAACCGCUGGCACCACCUCCUGUACCUGUGAUACUAGAUCCAACAAAACAGGCUGAGACAGCUGAACCAUUGGCAGCACCUGCCAUACCAGUUCUAAUUGAUCCAACGCAAGCACCAGCAGCUCCAACUGCAGGUAUACCUGUACAACCAAUAUCAGUGUCAACACCAGCUAUUCCAGCAUCGUCCAUUCAGCCAUCCACCAUAUCUACAAUACAGACAUCUGAAGUCAAAUCAGCACAGGUUGUUGAUAGUUCGGGUUCAUCAGUCACGAUAAAUGUAGCUGAAUCUGGAAAAACAAAAGAAUCGUCUGAUUUAGUGAUUUCUGUGCCAGCAACACCUGCUGAUUCGACAUCUAAGACACUACUGACGGCUACUACUCCUGCAGGAGGUGCUCAAGCUCCAGUGCAACCAUUGGCAUCAACGCAACCGGACACUUCAGGCACUAUAUCUCUUGCAUCAUCUUCCUUUACGUCAGGCACUGAAUCAACGGACGGGACAACUGAUGUUAAAUCGAAGUCUGAAGGCACGUAUGUAACCAUAACAGAGGAAAAAUCAGAAUCAGAGUCUGUGGGAUCAAAAGUAACAUCAUUAUCUAGUCCAGCAACCACAGAUGUUGAAGAUAUGACUGCACUGGUUUCACGUACAGAUGUUAAAUCGGAAGAUAAAACUUUAGUUGCUCAAGCUUUAAAGAGUAGAGAGGACCAUAACGUGCUCAAGGAUGCGGAUAUAAUAAUUGUUACUAAAGACGCAGCCAACGUUGAUUCCACGAAUGAUACUACCAAGUUUACGCUUACAAGUCACUACUAUGGUUUCCUAUACACGUUCAACGAUCAGAACAAAUGUGUUGAGGUUAAGUUGAAGGGUAAUGUGGUAUGGAAGUUCGAAUCUUCCAAAAUUGUACACCCUAAGUCUAUUUGUUUCAGAAAUGAUACCACUUUUGCUUUCUUUGAGUUUGAAAAUGAGUAUCAGCUGUACCACUAUGUUCAAGCAGAAUUUAGACCUGUUUCCAAGAAGGAUUUUGAAGAUGUUUACAAAAACAUUAAGGUUAUAACGAGGAAAGAUAAUGUUUAUACAGAAAAUGACACUAGUGCUUACAAUCACAUUAAAUACGGUCUCAUUUUCCAGUACAGGUUUAAGAAGGGUUACGAGUGUACAGAAGUAAAGUAUGGAGACACAGUAGCGUGGUCCCAUGACAGCAAUAUUCAUGGUAACAAUUAUCCUGCAAUCCUGUAUUUUGAUGCUAUAGCUCCUAUCAUGGUUAAUCUCAUUAUAGAUAAUAAACGCAAUGUUAAAAUUUAUUACGGUAACCAAUGGAGGCAAUUUGAUGAUGUAGUUAAGGAAGUGCAGAAGAGUGCACCUGCAACUAAAACACCUGUUGUUUCAAGUAGCAGUGCUGCCAAAAAAGAAAGCACAGAUUCUGAUUCAACGGGUGAAGACAUUAUUAUUAGUUCUGACUCUAAAGCAGCUUCAACGCCUGUUAUGUCAUCAACUGAUCAAAAUGCGAAAACUGAAGGAUCUUCUGAGUCAACCGGUGAAGAUAUUAAUCUUAGUUCCGACUCUUCAUCUUCGACUUCUGACACUAAGGAAGCUGAGUCAUCCGACACGUCUCGUACUGAUUCAAGUACUAAAUCACCCGAUGCCUCUGAUGAUUCUGGUACUAAGUCUCCCGACUCUACAUCUUCGACUACUGAGACUAAGGAAGCUGAGUCAACUGACAAGUCUGUUAGUGAUUCAAGUUCUAAAUCACCCGAUGCCUCUGAUGAUUCUGGUACUAAGUCUCCCGACUCUACAUCUUCGACUACUGAGACUAAGGAAGCUGAGUCAACUGACAAGUCUGUUAGUGAUUCAAGUUCUAAAUCACCCGAUGCCUCUGAUGAUUCUGGUACUAAGACCGAUGGACAGGGUGGAUCAACAUCCACAGGUUCUGGUGUAACUAUGGCAAGUUUAGCAGCUGAACGUACAAGUGGGUCUAGUUCAUCCUCUGGUGUAACUAUGCCCCUUUCAGCCAGUGAAAGUGAAACUGAAACUGACACGUCAGGUUCAGGUCACACAGCUAAAGCUCCAUCAACACCUGUAUCGUCAUCAACAGAUCAAACUGCGAAAACUGAAGGAUCUUCUGAGUCAACCGGUGAAGAUAUUAAUCUUAGUUCCGACUCUUCAUCUUCGACUUCUGACACUAAGGAAGCUGAGUCAUCCGACACGUCUCGUACUGAUUCAAGUACUAAAUCACCCGAUGCCUCUGAUGAUUCUGGUACUAAGUCUCCCGACUCUACAUCUUCGACUACUGAGACUAAGGAAGCUGAGUCAACUGACAAGUCUGUUAGUGAUUCAAGUUCUAAAUCACCCGAUGCCUCUGAUGAUUCUGGUACUAAGUCUCCCGACUCUACAUCUUCGACUACUGAGACUAAGGAAGCUGAGUCAACUGACAAGUCUGUUAGUGAUUCAAGUUCUAAAUCACCCGAUGCCUCUGAUGAUUCUGGUACUAAGUCUCCCGACUCUACAUCUUCGACUACUGAGACUAAGGAAGCUGAGUCAACUGACAAGUCUGGUAGUGGUUCGUCAAAUGAAUCCGGUGGUAAUGACAUUGAGGAAGAUGAAGAUAGUUUAGUUACUGCUGAUAGUUCAUCAUCCCGUGUUAUGGUUGGUACAACAACAGUGCCUGGUGCUGGUUCUCCCACAACGCCAGCAUCUGGUUCAGAUUCCAGUAAGAGUGACUGUAAUGAGACUUCAAGUGCCACAUUCGAUAAAACAAGUGGAAGUAGUACUGAUUCUUCGAGUCAGUCAAGUACUGGAAAACCGAUUGCAUCCAGCGAAAGCGAUGCUGACAAAACUGGAUCAGAUGGGAAAGGUACUUAUACUGAUGGAUCUCAAUCACAGUCAACGGAAGGUGAUGCAAAUCUAAGAGGAGCUUCUAGUUCAAGCUCAUCUUCUCAACCUAAACCAGCAGGUGCUGCAACACCCAUUCCUGCAGGUACUGUUGCUAACCCGGCUUCACAGCCUGUAUCGUCAAGUGCCGGUCCCAAGCCAGCUCAACAACCAGGUGGUGCAGUAGCUAAACCAGCGGCACAACCCGUUAGUGGUGGAGGUGCACAGCCCAUGUCGUCAGGUAUUGGUGCUAAGCCAACACAACAAACAGGUGGUGCAGUUGCUAGACCAGCUGGACAAUCAGGUGGUGCAGUAGCUAAACCAGCGGCACAAACAGUUACAUCAGCCUCAUCUGGAGCUUCUGUUGCAAAACCAGCUAAUGCAGCAGCUAAACCAGCUGGACAACCGGUUAGUGGAGGUGCACAGCCCGUUUCGUCCGGUACUGGAGCUAAACCAGCUGGACAACCGGUUAGUGGAGGUGCACAGUCAGCUAGUCGUACUAUGUCAUCACGUCCUGUAGCUGUUAGUUCUGGUCAAGGAGCUGCUGCCACCCCCAGACCUAGGACAGCUCCAACAUCAGGAGGUGGUACUGCUUCUAGUACACCAACAUCAAUUCCACUUGAGGAGGACCAAGAAGAUGACAAAUCACAAUCAUCAGAAUCACAACCAAGUGAUGGUCAAGGGGCUGGUGACGGAUCCAAGUCAGCUUCAGAACCCAUUUCGUCAGGUACUGGUACUACACCAGGUAGUGCUGGUGGAGCAGCUCCUCGUGCCAUUUCUACCAGUACUGUAGCAGUUACCCAACAACCAUCACCAUCUGGAACGUCAUCAUCCGGUGCAUCUCCUCAGCCAAGAGCAAGAGCAGGCGCUACUAGUGGUGGAGGAUCUUCUCAACCGAUUUCUAUUGCUCUAGAUGAUUGA